AUGGACAAUGCAAUGCAUUACUACGGCGUCACUGCUAAGUCUCAGGUUCAGGUGCUAAAGAAGAAACUGAACAUCAAAACGCAGCAGCACGUUGAACAGAUCGUGUCGCUUAGAGAACGAGUGUCGAAGCUGCAAGAAGAAGAGAUUAAAGCUGUUUUACCUGAUCAUGAUGCGGAUAAGAUGAUGAAGAGGUUAAGAGAUUUGGAAAGUGAGAUCAACGAGAUUAGAGAUUCCAAAUUUCCAACACGAAGUGACAUAUUGAGAAUUUGGAACUGGGUUGAGACGUUACGAGAAGAUGGUGACAGAUUGAGGAGUGAGAACGAAGAGCUGAAGAAGGAGAUCGAGCAGCUUCAAGGCGACCGAUGCACUGAUCUCGAGCAGCUUGUGUAUCUGAGAUGGAUCAAUGCUUGCUUAAGAUAUGAGCUAAGAACAUACAAGCCUCCUCCUGGUAAAACAGUAGCUAGGGAUCUUAGCACUAUGCUAAGCCCUGAUUCAGAGGAGAAAGCUAAGCAGCUGAUUCUUGAAUACAUGAUUCAGAGGAGAAAGCUAAGCAGCUGA